AUGACUUUACCCCAGUAUACCGCAAGAGACCAGGCACUUUUUUGCAUCGGGCUGCUUCUGCACGCGCUGGAUGCAGACGGUGUGUACACGAUUGUUUGCAAGAGCAGAUGCCCGUGCGACACGCUGCUGCAGGGCGAGCACUUUGAGGAGGCGGAGCCUGAGGGGGCGUGCCUCGAGGAGUCGCUGCGGCGCACGUCUUUGAUUUUUGUGGAAUUCGGGGACUCCGACGAAGAGUCUGACGAGUACGAGCACAUGUAUUCCGGAGACACGUACGUGGAGACAGACUCGGAGCAGGACGGGCUCUCUGAGCAGACGCUGCAAAAGGCUCUGCUAGAGGACGCAGGCAAGGGCUGCAGCCUGGACGGGCUCCCCAGCUCGGACGGGCCAAAUUAA